AUGAGGAGCGAAGACCGUGAUUAUUUCCCUGAAUUUGCCGAAAUGGGGAGCGAAGACCGUGAUUAUUUCCCUGAAUUUGCCGAAAUGGGGAGCGCAGACCGUGAUUAUUUCCCUGAAUUUGCCGAAAUGGUGAGCGGAGACCGUGAUUAUUUCCCUGAAUUUGCCGAAAUGGGGAGCGGAGAGCACGGCGGCACCGACGAAGGAGUCCGCGUGCUGCCUUCGCCGCCGCAGACAGCGGUGGCCGAGGGCAGCAGCGGCGCCCUGCUCUGCCUGGCCGAGGGUCGGCCGCCCCUCACUUAUGUCUGGCGUAAAAACGGUGCACCGCUGCACUUCGAUGAGCUGGGCAACCGCGUCCACCUUGUGGGAGGCUCACUGGUGAUGUCAUCAGUCGGGAGUGAUGAGGCCGGCCAUUACUCCUGUACUGCAUCCAACACUCACGGCAGUGGCACCACCAGCACCACUCUCGUGGUCACCACACCACUGCAUGUACAGGUUCGCCCUCAGAUGACGGCAGUGAGACCCGGGGACGCGCUGGAGCUGCAGUGCCUCGUGACGGGCGGUCCCGUCUACUCCCUCGCCUGGUAUAGGGACGGGCAGCUGCUCAGGCCCGGAGGUCGCGUUGACAUCUUGCCGGACCGGCGUCUGCUGAUAGCCCCGCUGCACAGCGCAGAUUCGGGGCAGUAUCAGUGCCGCGCCUCGGCCCUGCAUUCCGUCGCCCACGCUCAUGCCACUGUUGUGCUCGGAGAGUCUGCUCCGCGAUUGCUGUACCGCUUUAUCGCGCACACUCUGCAGCCUGGACCAGGCGUGUCUCUGAAGUGUAUAGCAGCCGGUGCCCCGACCCCUCACAUCGUGUGGCACCUCGACGGCUACCCUCUGCACCACACGCACAGGGUUCAGGUCGGUGAGUACGUCGCGCCUCAUGGGGACGUCAUCAGUCACGUUAACAUCAGCUCGGUGGACGUAGCAGACGGUGGAACGUACCGUUGCACGGCCGUCAACAACGUCGGCGACGUAACACACUCCGCGCGUCUCAACGUCUACGGCCCUCCCAUGAUACGUCCAAUGAGCGACGUCACGGCAGUCGCUGGAGAGACGGUCGUCAUCACGUGUCCCGUAGCGGGGCAUCCUAUAGAAGAAAUUACCUGGAUGAAAGACGAUAUCGAACUGCCAUCAAGUCACCGGCAGCAGGUGCACAGCAACGGCAGCUUAUCGCUGAUGUCGCUGACACGUACAGCUGAUGAAGGCCGUUACAGCUGCACGGCAGUUGGCCGACACGGCAGCAGCGUGACUCAGCAUCUCAGGCUGACAGUGGCAGGUGGGGACCCGUGCUAUGGUGGGGACCCGUGCUCAGGUGGGGACCCGUGCUCAGGUGGGGACCCGUGCUAUGGGCGGAAACUUGCUCUGUUUCCGCCCAUUCACCAGGCGCCGUGGCAGAGGGCUUAG